ACUAGUUUGAGCUAGUCAAUCAUGUACUAUCACGUAAUGACCAGACGCCCAAGGAACACGUGAAGGCAACAAAAGUUUAGAGUACAAAUUUGAGAUAUCUGAAGCCAUGGAGGAACACAAGAGAAGUGCUACAGACCCGGGGGGAGCAGGAACGACGACGCGAGACGCCCCAUGUGACCCCGGUCCAGAAGCAACGAUCAGCAGGCUGCUGAGUGAACAGGGCCGAUUUGGCUUCGCCGCACUGUGCGCGGUCUCUCUGGGCCAGCUGUUCACGGGACCCGAAAGCAGCGUGUUCAGGGAGAAGUAUCUGCAGGGCUUGGUCUGCUGGCUGAACCUGGAUGAGUCGGUGAUGCCGGUGAUGGGGGCCUUCCUGUCGGGUUUGGGCUUCGAAGGCUCAGACACCUUCCUCUCCAUCUUACAGGCUGAGCCACUGCUAGCCGCGGGGGCCACCCCCAUAAUACAGGAUCUGGUGUCGUUUUCUGUGAAGGACGGCCAAUAUGAUGCCAGGUCGAGGGUUCUCAUCCGUCAUGUCAGCUGUCUGCUACGAGUCUCUGCACAGCAGCUGGAGGAGUUUGAGGAAACGCUGGGGGAGCGGCUGAGGGAGGGAGGAGAGGAGAGCGAAGAGGAGUCCUCUCGGCGGCUGCGGAGAGAAAGAGGGCGGAAGCUGCGACGCUACCUCCUCAUUGGACUAGCCACCGUGGGCGGGGGAACUGUGAUUGGUGUGACAGGUGGGCUGGCAGCCCCCCUCGUGGCAGCAGGGGCCAGCGCUGUGCUGGGGGCCGCAGGGGCCGCUGCUCUGGGCUCGGCCACCGGCAUUGCAAUCAUGGCCUCCCUGUUUGGAGCAGCAGGAGCUGGACUAACUGGUUACAAGAUGAACAAGUGUGUCGGGGCGAUAGAGGAGUUUGAAUUCCUGCCGCUGCGCUCCGGGAAGCAUCUUCACCUGACCAUCGCGGUGACUGGUUGGCUCUGCAGUGGUAAAUACAGUUCGUUUCAGGCCCCCUGGUGCAGCCUGGGAGACUGCGGGGAGCAAUUCUGCCUGGUGUGGGAGUCGCGUUUCCUCAGGGAUCUGGGCUCGGCCAUGGCCUCUCUGCUAGACGGGCUGGUCAGCAUGGUGGCCCAGGAGGCCCUCAAGUACACCGUGCUCUCAGGCAUCGUGGCGGCACUGACGUGGCCCGCGUCGCUGUUGGCGGCGGCCAGCGUCAUCGACCACCCGUGGUGCGUUUGUCUGAACCGCUCGGCUGAAGUGGGGAAACACCUGGCGCAGGUUUUGAGAAGCAGGCAGCAGGGGAAGCGGCCUGUCAGCCUCAUAGGAUUCAGUCUCGGGGCCAGAGUGAUCUACUACUGCCUGCAGGAGCUCGCCAACGACCAAGGUAGUGAAGGAGUAGUAGAGGAUGUGGUCCUCUUGGGGGCCCCUGUGGACGGCUCGGAGAAGGCCUGGGCGAAAAUUACCAGGGUAGUGGCUGGAAAAAUAGUGAACGGCUACUGCAGAGGGGACUGGCUCCUGGGGUUCUUGUACCGAAGUUCGGCUGCACAGAUGUCCGUCGCCGGCCUGCAGCCUAUCAACAUCCAGGAUCGGCGUGUGAUCAACGUGGACCUCUCCUCCGUGGUAAAAGGUCACCUGGACUACAUGCGUCAGAUGGACACCAUUUUGGUGGCCGUGGGAGUUCCUACCAAGGAAGUCCCACGAGCCUCCUUCGUGCUUCCGGGGACGGUGGACGUGUCUGAGGAAACUCCCAGCGAGCAGCCAGCGACUGAGCCGGAGCCUCGUGCAGGGGACAGUGGAGACGUGAGGGAGGCGGGUGACGGCUGGGACAUCCCUGAUAUUUCAUACCUACUGGACUCCUGUAACGACGCGGAAUCGGACGGCAACACUUCACCCCGUGAUCCUGGGGAGAAGGCAAGUGGUGAUGAUGCAGCGCCGCCUUCUAAGUCUCCCCCACCUGACGCUGGGGAGGAUCCUGAAGCUGAUAAUGAACAGGUAUCAUGGAGCUGGGAUGAUACACAGUGGACUACGGAAAACACGCACAGACAAAGGCAGACAGACUUGUAAAGGGCGCGUCACUUGGACCGGCUGCUUCUUCAUCAAGAAAAAAAAAAACUUGUCUUCUCAAGAUUUUGUUUUUUUCUUGGGAGAAAUCGGCACACAGCCGAGAGGGCCGAAGAGCCAGUCCACACACGGCAGCUAAAAGGGAAGAUCCCCUCACUCAAGGACAUUUUUUAAUGAAGUACUUUUUUUUACAAACUUUGAAUUGUGUAAAGAAUGUUCAAGUCACUUUGAGAGCAAAUACCUCUACAUGUGUUUUGCAUGUGUUAGAUAUCUCUGCUCCUCCUCGUCCUUCUAAACGUAGCCCAGUUGCUAUGGUCACCUUCAAAGCCGGCUUUCAGGGUCGCAGGGGGGCGGAGUCAAUACCAGCACGACAUCAGGCAUGAGACACGGUACACCAGGAUUGGUCAGCAGUCCAUGGCAGGGCACAGGAACACACAACCAUUCACACUCAAACCAGCACACCACCCCUGGUUGCUAUGGAUAUUAUACUAUUUAAUCUCCGUACGGGAGUAGGUAAUUCAAUGAAUGCGUGUCCUUCCAGGCCCCUCGCUGUUCCACCCAUGCAAAUGUGAAGCGCUGCUCACCUUUUAGUUUACAUUGUAUGCAGCCCAUAAUAACUGCCCGUGCACCGUCCUCAGUUUCUGCGACCAUAUCUCCUGAUCGAAGAGCAACAGACCAUUCAAGGUCG